CCUCGGCAUCAUGGGUCGGAGAAGGAAAGACGAGGGGCGUUUGCUUAAAAAUUUGUUAUUUGUAACUGUAAUGUAAUUGUGGCGCUAUUGACUAUUGGAUAUGAGCACGCCGAACCGGGUGACGGCAAAAAACUUCGUCGAGGAUGGGAAGAAACGGAUUGUUUUUCUAGUCAUGUGCGCUGUGGGACUGUCAUAUCUCAUGUCGUUGACUAGCUCAUCAGUUUGGGUGAACUUGCCAGUUGCUACCUUUCUUGUUAUUGUUCUCCGGUAUUUAUCACUAGAUUUUGAAAUGAAGAGAAAAGCUGUAGCAUACAACAGUAGACCCUGCACAACCGCAGCUCAGUCUUCAAAGAAACCUCUUGAGUCUCCCAGAGUUAUCGCAAAGUCUGAUUGGAGAAAAAAGGUGAACUCGUCUGUUGUUGAGGAAGCAAUGGAGCACUUCACUAGACAUCUCGUUUCUGAGUGGGUGACUAACCUGUGGUACUCUCGGUUAACACCAGAUAGAGAGGGUCCUGAGGAGUUAGUGCAAAUAAUAAUUGGUGUUUUUGGAGAGAUUUCAGGACGGAUGAGGAAUAUAAACCUGAUUGAACUUUUGAUGAGUGAUCUUAUUGAUCUUGUUUGCACACACUUGGAGGUGUUUCGUGCUACUUUGGCAGAAAUUGAAAAGCAAAGCUCAUCUCCUUUAACAACUGAAUCUCGAGAUACAGAAUUGAAACUUGCAUUGGCUGCAGAGGACAAAUUGCAUCCUGCUUUAUUUUCUGCUGAAGCUGAGCACAAGGUUUUGCAGCAUUUGAUGGAAGGUCUUAUGUCGGUCACUUUCAAGCAUGAGGAUCUGCAAUGCUCUUUCAUCCGAUAUGCUGGUCGAGAACUACUUGCACAUGCAGUGAUGAGACCUGUUCUCAACUUAGCUUGUCCAAGAUUUCUUAAUGAAAGAAUUGAAUCUGUGGUAAUUAAUAAGACCAAACUUAACAAAGGAGCUAACACAGUUCAAGAGGCAUCUCACUCUAUGGAUGAUAGACUGAAGAUAUCUUCUGGUCGUUUUACUAAGCAUUCCGAUUCUUCUGUUACUGGUUUAGAGCUAGUACAGCUAGGAAAUAGUCAUUCUAGAACUGCAGAGUCAUGGGUGGAGCAUAAUGCUUUUGAUACUUUUUCUAAAGAUCCAUUGCGUGCGAUUGAUGCUCUAUUAUCACUUUUAUGGAAGUCAUUGCCGUCAAACUCCCGAAUUAGUGAUAAUCAAGGUGUUAAACAGUAUCACUCAGGAGGGCAGUGGGGUGAUAUCUUAGAUCUCCUGUCCCAGAGGAAGAGCGAAGCUCUUGCUCCAGAACAUUUUGAGAACAUGUGGACAAAAGGGAGAAAUUACAAGAACAUGGAUGGGGAGAAUCAGUCAAGUGAGCUUGUCCCACAACAUGUUGUGGGAGGAAAAUUGCCAAACAUUGAUCAUAAGAAGGCAAUAUCAGGACCUAAAGAAAAGGAAACUAAUUCUAAACUUAAUAUCUCCAAGGGUGCCGGUGCUAAUUUGGGAAGCAGUAAUCGUUACACGGUAGAAGACACUCUUUGUGCAGACCAGAGUAGAUCAACUGGCCCAUCAGUUCCAUCAUUUCAAGAUGAUGACCAAAGCCGCAUGCGUUUGCUGAUGAUUGAUUCAGGGAGCAGUACCUCUUUUACAUCUGAAGAUGACGAAACUAGCAUGAUCAGCAGUCUCAACUCCACAGGAACUAAAGUUUGGGAUGCAAGAAGAAAUAGAGAUCGGGGUUUCUCUCUCACUCACCACCCACUUGAACAUUUUGAUAGUCAUAAUACAAAGGUGAAUAAGAUACAACCGCGUUAUCAAAGACUAUCCAGAACCCGAUAUGGCUGGAAAAGGUCAAGUGGUCAAAACAUGCAGGAAGUUAAGAGAACUAGCUUUUUAUCUGGAGAUGGACAUGAUAUACUUGAGUCAUCAACAUCAAAUGCAAACUAUGAGGAUUUUAUUCAGUUUGGCGAUGAUUUGGGUAGAAUACAUAGUGGAGCAGCAGCUUCUACUGCAGCAUCCUUUAUUUCCAGAUCAGAGUCUUGCAGUUUUGCUGUUAAUCCCCUGAAAAGUUCACUUCCAGUAGAUUCCUUUUCUAAAUUGAGAUGUGAGGUCCUAGGCGCAAAUAUUGUGAAGAGUGGGUCAAGAACAUUUGCUGUCUAUUCCAUAUCUGUAACAGAUGUAAAUAAUAGGAGUUGGACAAUUAAAAGGAGGUUUCGUCAUUUUGAGGAACUACAUCGGCGCCUGAAAGAGUCUCCUGAUUAUAACCUUCAUUUGCCUCCAAAACAUUUUCUAUCAACAGGUUUAGAUGUAACUGUUGUCCAAGAGCGUUGUAAGUUGUUGGACAUUUAUUUAAAGGAGCUUAUGCAGCUUCCAAUAGUUUCAGGAUCAAUUGAAGCAUGGGACUUUCUCAGUAUUGACUCUCAGACAUACCGAUUCUCGAAUUUGCUUUCAAUUGUCAAAACAUUGUCAGUUGACAUGGAUGAUAAACCAUCUGAGAAAAGUAAAAGCACCUCCAAUUUUUCUAUACGUGACCUCUUUGCCUCCAGAAGAGAAAACACUGUUGUUAAAAGUAAUGAGGCUGUUCUUGAUAAGGAAUCUCGGGUUCAUUGGAAAAUUCUGGCAUUGAUGCAAGUGCUAGAGCAGGGAAGAGUGAAACUUCUCCUGAGAAGUUGCGAAGAACGCAAGGGAAAGAGCCUGAUGGUUCCAUUGAGGUGUCUGAUUUACUCCAUGAUACUUCUGACGCUCUUCCUACAGAGGCACACUAUCAUAUGCAUGGCUGCAAUACUGAUUCUGACUGAUUAUAAUUCUUCUAUGCAGUGGGUGCCUCCAAAUUUGAGUGUUCCCAUAUUGGAUCUGGUUGAUGUUAUCUUCCAGCUUCAAGAUGGUGGAUGGAUCAGGCGGAAAAUUUUUUGGGUGGUUAAACAGAUCCUACAACUAGGAAUGGGUGAUGCCUUUGACGAUUGGUUGCUGGACAAAAUCCAGCUGCUCCGGAAGGGGACAGUGAUUGCUUCUGGGAUCAGGCGAGUUGAACAAAUACUAUGGCCUGAUGGAAUAUUCAUAACCAAGCAUCCAACUCGAUGCCCGCCACGUUCCAGCCCAGCUCAGAAUUCACCUCACGGCCAGAAACCUAAAGAUUUAUGUUCUCAGAGCAUGGAGGAUAAGCAGAAACAAGAGGAAGAACGUCGUGCACAGUUUGUGUACGAGCUAAUGAUUGAUCAUGCACCAACAGCAAUUGUAGGUCUUGUUGGUCGCAAGGAGUAUGAACAGUGUGCUAGGAACCUCUAUUUUUUCCUUCAGUCAUCUGUUUGUUUGAAGCAGCUGGCUUUUGACCUUCUUGAAUUACUAAUGGUGACAGCAUUUCCAGAACUAGAUCAUGUAUGCAAGCAGCUGCACGAAGAAAAGCACAAGUUUGGCGAAUUCAAUCAGAAUUAGAUUAUCCAUGGGUUACAUAAAUUUUUUGACGGUACUGGCUGCCCCAUGUUUCUCUGCAACCAACCAAGUAUUUGUCUCUCUGCAUUUUUACCGCAUCAUGCAAUUUCUGGAUUCAGUACUAAAGUCUGGCUAGAUCAGCCCUCAGGCGUUAACAAAAGUCUGAAGUCCAAGUAUGUACAGAAUACCAAACAAGGAAAGAAAAAAAGAAAGUUUUCU